AUGAUGAUAUCAUCAACACCCCUUCCAAGUCCUUCCCWUCGCCGUCAUGUACACGAAUGGCGUUUCGAAUGCGCUGGCGUACACCUUGAUAUGCACGCAUUAGAUGAUCCCUCUAGUUGCAUCUCGUCCUCGGUUGUCGUCCAACAACAACAACAGUACAACCUCUUUACCGCGUUGAUGACCUCUACACGCUCGGCAAAAGCCCUAUUCGACCAAGACUCAACACCACCACAGAGCAAGGAACGGCAGGAUUCAAACGAACAAUUGGACGAAUAUGGAGUCCAUAUCGUGGACAACAACAAAGUGUGCUGGAAUAAUGGAGCGAAAGACCAUCCCCGAAAUUGGAAGCCUUUGUCGAAAUAUUACUCCACCGCGAUCAUCUGUUGGCUAGAAUUAUACAUGACUGGCCUCAGCUCUUCCGGYACAGCAGUCGCCAAUUCCGCCAGGGAAGAAUAUGGCAUGAGCAGGACAUUGGCGUAUUUCGCAUUCGUCACGCUCUAUCUCAUCGGACAGACGAUCGGAGGCAUUUUCUGUUCCCCAAUUUCCGAGACAUUUGGUCGAAGAACGAUUUACAUUAUAGCCACGGCGUUGUUCUGCAUUACUUCCAUCGUGGUGGCCGCUGUGCCCUCUGAUAUGCCGGGUGCGAGCAGUGCCAUCUAUAUUGGAAGGUUUGUCCAGGGCGCUGCUGCGGCCAUUCCGGCUACCGUGGCUUUUGGGAAUUUCGAAGAUAUGUUUGAUGCGGAGAGACGGAUCUGGGUGGUUUAUGCAUACACUUUGUCGGGCAUGAUUGGUCUUGUUAUGGGACCGAUAUAUUCCUCCUACGUCCUGGCGCGCACCAAUUGGAGAUGGGUAUUCUGGAUCUCCGCAAUCGUAUCGGCAAUAUCGCUCGCCGCCUGCUUCUUCAUCAGAGAAAGCAAAGCUACUCAGCUCCUCCAAGCAAAAGUAGAUCAAAUCAGAAAAGACACCGGCAACACCACCCUAGAAUCCAACACCUCACCAGGAACCUUCUCCCUCCAAGAAUUCGCCCGAAACUCCCUCUUCCGACCUCUAAUAUUCCUCAUCACCGAACCAAUCGUCACCUUCUGCUCCGUCCUCUGCGCUAUAGCUUUCGGCCUAAUCUACGGCCUCACAGAAGGCUUAACAGUAACAUACACCACCCCCCCAUUCAACAACACUUUCAACGAAACAACUUCCUCCCUAGCCUUCAUCGCAAUUCUCAUCGGCGAGAUAAUCAACAUCCUCCCCAGAUUCUACGAACAACACAUUUUUAAAAAAUCUCGCAAACAAAAUCGAAGAAUCUUACCGGAAUCCAAAAUAAAAUCUUUCGCUAUUGCGGCCCCGGCUUUGGCUAUUGGACUUUGGAUUUUCGCUUGGACUACUCCUCCUAAAGUCACGAAUGUGUCUUGGCCUAUUUCCAUGAUCGGACUGGUUUUUAUUGGUUUUGCUUUGAAUGAUUUUUCAUACGUGCUUUUCGGCUACGCGACGGAUUCUUAUGGACAAUACGCAGCUUCUGCUGUAUCAGCUAUUAGUCUCGCGCGGACUUUAACAGCUGCUGUUUUCCCGCUUUUUACUUAUCAGAUGUUUAGUGGAUUGGGGACGAAUGUUGCUGUUAGUAUCCUUGCGGCUGUGGCUACUGUGUUUGCUUUUACGCCGAUUUUGUUUUUAAGGUUUGGAGAGAGGUUGAGGGUGAAGAGUCAAGUUGCGAGGGGGAAUGAGGAGUGUUUGGUUGAGGAGAAUGAGCAUUUGAAGUGUCGGGAGGAGGGGGGUGAGGCUUUUGGUGCUGUGUGA